AUGGCGAAAACACGGGACAGUGCUUUCGAUAAUUUCGAUAAUGAUAGCACAAAAAGCGAGGACGAAUGCAGCGACGAUUUCUCUCCAAUCGAGAUGAGAAAUUUCGGAAAUAAAAAACGACACCGCAAGAGAAGCGCAUCCUUACCAUUCAUCGAAGGAAGCAAUGGUGGACUUUGGAAAGGUUUGGUCGCCGCGAAAUCGAAGGAAACACAGUCUGUAAAAUCUAAAGUAGGUAAUUCUCGAAGUGCCAGGACGGGGAAUGAGUGGAAAUCGGAUUUACACGCAGAUGAAACGAUGGAAUUAUCAAAUCAAAGGUUGCAGGAUGGAAACCGUCCCACGAGAAGAAGUUCGAGCAUGCCUGAAUUUUAUUCCAGAUCAGACAGUGGAAAAAAGGUGUCGCAUCGCAGGACCGUAGGGAGCGGGCCAAAGACGAGGAAUAAAACUGAUGAAACCGUAGCGAGGAACUUAGAACUUAGUGACGACGAAAGUAAAACCCUAAGACUGCCGAUAAUAUCUGGCGGCGAAUCUUUCAAGUGGGCAAAUGAUCAAAAUGGGAACCAAGUAGAGUCCUCGUCAAGGAGAUCUCCAGAAAGCACCACUUUACAGCGAAAAACAUAUCUUCCUCAUAUCAAUUCAAAAAACGGAACUUUCUUCGUGAAAUCAAGGUAUUCCGAAAAAUGA